CACGUCUCCAUUCAUUCAUUCAUCCAUUCAUUCAUCGAUCAUCUUGUGGGCCCAUCCCUCUCUCCCUGCCAGCCGCCGCAUGACGUACCACCACGAGCUAGAUGACGUCCUGGUCAUCAACAAGACGACAUCCGUCUCAGCUGUUGGCCAGCCAUGUGGUGCUGUCUGGCAAGAGAGCACUCAGAGAGCCACACACGAAAGAAAUGACUAGUCAGUCCAUCGCGUCCAUGCUAUCGAUAUGUAUUCCGUCACUGCCGCACUCCGAAGUUGGCCUCCAGCCUCUGCACCAGCCUGUCCAGGUCAGUCUGCACACACACACACACACACAAUUAACACAACCACCACUGUCUCCUUUUGUGUGGGUGGCCUGUCUGUCUGUCUGUCUGUCUGUCAACCCUUGCUGACCGCUUCUUGGUCCAGGCUGGCGAGUGCGUCCUGGUGCAGCUUCAAGAUCUCAGCAAUGCCGGCAAUCUGACACACCAACCAGUUCAUUCAUCCGCCGCUGGCAGCCCGCAGCCACCACACCCACAUGCCCUCACCCACCGGGUCUGGGAGGCUCUCGCUGACGAGGCGGCUCGCUUCGGUCUCCAACUCACCUAUCUGCAGCGCAAGACACACACACGUGACACAGGCGAGCGAAGACACAGGCGAAGAGCAAGCACGUCAUUCAUUGAUCUGAGUGGUGCAGAGCUCCCUCCCUCCCUCCCUCCCUCCCCUUGUUGCCCACCUGCUGUUCCAUCAUGUUGAGCCGAGUCUGCAUCUGCAUGGCGCGGGAUUGACUGUACGGCAUGGCACACACACCCCCACACACACGGCAGCAGCAGGCGGGCAUGUGAGUCAGGUGGUGGAUGGGAUGGUUGCAAGGUCGCGUACGUGUUGAUGUGUGGCUGCGGUGCGCCCUUCAUUUUCUGGCCUAGGUAGUUGCUCACGCCCUGCAGCUGCUCCAACAUGGUCUUCUGAAACACACACACCCAGGGAGAGAGAGGGAGGGAGGGAGAGCCGAUGUGAGCACAGGCAUGGUGGCCAGGGCACGCACCGCACCACACCGCCCCUGACCUGCUGCUGUGCCAUGAUCUCGAGUGUAUCGUCCAUGGUCUUCUGCCGGGCCUCCAGCGCAUUCUGGCUCUCAUUCAGAGCCAUCAACUGACACACACACACGUACGGCGGUGUGUUUGGUGUCCUUCCUCUCCCUCUCCCUCUCCCUCUCCCUCUCUCUCCUCUCCCUCCUUCAGUGUGCUGUCUGCCCACCUCCUUGACGGCCCGUAUGUUGGCUAGGUCCGUCUGCUUGACCUCGUCAGCCAAAAUCUGGAACUCCUCAGCCUGCACACACACAGAGUGCACGGCUUGCGUAGUGGGUGGGCGCUUCGUCAGUCAAUGUCUGAUCGCCCCACCUGAUGCGCCACUCGCGCCUCCCACUGGCGCAGCAAAUCGUCAACCUUCUUGUGCGGCAUCUGAGACAACCGAACUGCACGCAACCCACAUCAGUCAUUGUCGCACUAUCCCACAGGGCCAGCACUAGUCCGUCCCCUCCCCCACCUUGUUCUGGGCUCUGCAGUGUGGGGGCGGCCCCCGUGGUGGCUGCACCCGCUGCGGCAGCUGCUGCAGCAGCAGCCGGGGCCGCUGAUGUGGCGGGUGCACCCACAGCGCCAAACAGUGAUGCUGCACAGGGUGCACCAUAGCAUCCAACACGUAGGUGAACGAGGAGUCAUGCCGCCGACAGGUGAAGUCCCACCCGCUCCUCACUCACCUCCUGAUGCAGGUGUGAGUGCAGCAGUGGUGCCUGCACACGUGCCGUGCACAGCAAUCCAUCCAUCCAUCGAUCCACCCCCUCCCCUCUCUAGCAGCCCACCUGCAGCAGGUUGAGUCCCCGCAGGUGCGGCGGCGGCAGCAGCUGGUGCGGAUGUGGUGGCGCCAAACAGUCCCGCUGCUGCUGCAGGGGCCGAUGUCUGUGCUGCUGCACCCGUGGUAGCUGACGGCUGGGCCGCCGUGCUCGCUGCACCGAAGAGUGACGUGCCUGUAGCCGCUGCAGUUGAUGGGGCAGCUGUGCCGAACAGUCCACCUGCACACACCGAGGGAGGGAGAGAUCGCCCAGAUGGAUGGAUGCUCUCUCUUGUGUGUGGUGUGGUGUGGGGUACCUCCAGUGGUCUGAGCGGACGACGCGGCCCCGAACAGGCCUGCCGCAGGGGCAGCCGCAGACGUGCUGGCAGCCGUCGUUGAUGCCCCCGCUGCAGCCGCACCAGUGGUACCUGACAUCCAAAGCGAGAGAGACGACAUCAUGACUGACACUUGCUGUCCUGUCCUGUCCUCUUCUCACACACCCGCACCAAACAGUCCUCCUCCCGUGGUUGCCCCGAACAGUCCAGGAGCAGCAGCAGCGGUCGAUGCUGCGGCACCAGUGGCCCCGAACAGGCCCCCGACUGCGGUGGUGGACGCCCCUCCGGUGGUGCUGGUGGUGGCAGGGGCCGCGCCGGUCAGACGAGAGGCGCCCCCGGAGGGCACAGGUGGCGAGGGGCUGACGGCGGGGUGGGGCGUGGCGCCGAACAAACCUCCACCUACACACCAGUGGCGCAGGAGGUCAGUGAGGUGGGACGCUUUUUGUGUGCUAGAGGGUGUCUGUGGUAGUGGGGAGGAAGGAGGUACCUGUCUGUGCAGGUGCAGAGGGUGCGAACGAGAAGGCACCUCCAGCGCCGCCCGAUGCAGCAGUAGGUGCAGGUGGUGUGGCCCCGGCUGUGCCUCAUUAAUGAAGGAGCACAUAUAUCACAUCCACGCACAGCACAGCACAGCACACCGUCCACUCGUCAGUCAUCUCUAGCUAUGUCUGUCGGCCAUGCAUACCGUGUAUCUAUCGUAUGGAUCUUACUUGUUGCAAAUAGUCCGCCUGUUGCUGGUGUGGUCUGGCCCCCGAACAGUGAUUGGGUGGCCUGCCCGGCCGUUGCUGGUGCGCCUGUCCCUGUGGCUGGUGCACCGAACAGGGCUGUGCCUGCUGCGGCCGACGAGGGGGCAGCUGCGCCAAACAAACCACCUGAACAAAAACGGGGCGACCGAGACACAUCCAUCCAUCCAUCCAGCCAUGAGCAAACAGUCGUACCUACCUCCUGUAGUGGCCUGUGUCGCUUGUGCACCGAACAGGCCGCCGGUCGCAGCGCUGCUCGCGGCCGCAGGAGCAGCCGUGCCGAACAAAGCGGCACCUGUAGUACAAGGAAGAAUGUGUAGAUAGAUACCUUCUGGAUACGUGUGUGCACAUCGUUCAUGUGCGUAUGAAGAUUCUGAGUGAAUACCUGUGGAUACCGGUGCCGCUGCUGGUGCGGCAGUGGUUGUGCCGAAGAGCCCUCCGCCAGUGCUAGAUGGUGCGCCGAAGAGACUCUGCCCUGCACACACGUCACCACACCACACCACACCACACCAUCGAUCCCCACAGCUAGACUCACGGCAGCCUCGGCCUCUCUCCCCACCCACUGGCUGCUCCACCCCACCUGCUGCUGCCCCAGUGGCGGGAGCUGCACCGAACAAUCCACCUGCCCACAUACACAUACACGAAUAACCGUCACCCUCCCGUCAGUUUGUGUCGUGAUGGCCACCACCUCUCAAUCAAGGACUCACCUGACGUCUGUGCCGCUGUUGUGCCUCCGAAGAGGCCCCCACCGCCCCCUGCAGCAGCAGGUGGCUGUGGCUGCUGGACGUUGGCCGAUGGAGCACCGCCGAACAAGCCCCCUCCUGUGGUGCUGCUGCUUGCCGGUGCAGCGCCGAAUAGCCCGCCGGCCUGCGCCGGGGCAGACGUGCCGAACAAACCACCACCACCUAACGCACACAGACACGGGGACACAGACAGAGGGAGGGAGAUGUGAGCUGAGCUGUAUGGGCGGCUGGUGUCUGUCGAGUCGAAAUGCAUCCGCUCACCUGUGGAUGUGGCUUGUUGACUUGAUGCGGCACCAAACGCCGAUGUCCCAGUAGACGCGCCGCCAAACAAACCGCCUGCAAUGCAAUGGACACGUGCACACGACGCAAAGACGAGAGAAAACCUUCGCACACCCAUUCACGUCACGUCGUGUGUGUCGUGUCGUUCGGUUCGUGCCUGUUGCAGGCGCGGACGAUCCGAACAGCCCUCCUCCAGUCGCCGCACCCGUGUUGCUGCCGAACAAACUUCCACCACCGCCUGGAGACAGACACCGACGUGAUACGCUUGACAUGUCAAACCAAAACCGACAUGGGAUGCAGCACCGACCUGUUGUGCCACCGCCGCCAAAGAGGGACGCCUGCGUGCCCUGGCCCUGUGUGGAGCCGAAGAGGCCUCCCGCGCUGCUCGAGGCGCCAAACAAGCCGCCUGAGCUGGGCUGCUGACUACUCGCACCUGACACACACACGUGUGCACAUCAAGGCAGAUCAAGAUGAAUGAAUGUCACAUGUGAGAUGGCCGCUCCGGCGCUGUCUGUCUGUCUGGUGUGUCUGUCGUCACGCCACAGUGUCCCUUCUCGUGCCGGACUGACUGAUCUGGCAUGCAUGCGAUGAUCCGCGGUCUGUCUGGAGGAACUCUUCUUAUCUUUUCCCGCGCCGCUCUGCUUACCGAACGUGCCACCAAACAUCUUGGCUGCCUCUGAACCCUCUUCCAC